UGGCCGGUGAAGAGAAGCGAGAGCACAGCAAUGACAAGAUAAGCCCAAUCGCUUUUCCCCCCUCUAUUAUGCGGUUUAUAAAUAUUAGUAAUAUUUAUUGCAGUCUUUUACCAAUCACGGAGGGGGGUGGCUUGUCGUCGCCGGCUGCGCUCGAACUGCUGCCGUGUGUCUGCUUUGAUCUUCACUGUGUGAGAAUGACAAUGGCCGAGUAUCUCUACUGAAUGAAGACUCACAGCCUUGGAAUUAUGGAAGCGUCUGAUGAAGUGUUGCGCGCUGACAUGGUGGGAGAAGCAGAAAUUCCAGAGAAAGAGAACCAAGGCGUUGUUCCGUCGGCUUCGCAGGACUCCUGCACGGUGGGAUUAAGCAAGGUAGAGCUUGCGGCGCCACCUGGGUCAGCGGUAAGAGCGGACACUUGUGCUCCAGCGGGUGGUGUGGCUCUGAAAAUGGCCACCACCGUUCUGCACCCCGUGUGUCUGGGAGAAAACCCACUGAUGCUCCCCAUCCACCUCCAGAUGGCGGCGGCUCACGGGCCCCAACUGGGAUCGAUGGGGGCGGCGCCCUACUUGCUGACAGGCACCAACCAGGUCUCCCUCCCGCUGGUCUUGGAUCCUGCUGUGAUCCCCCAGAACAAUAUCCUGUGCCCCAAUCCGUUGUCCUUCGUGGAGCAGAAGUCUGUUGCAGAACCCACGCAGGACGGCAACCUGCUCUCCCUCCUCCAGAAUCCCGCCUUUGCCGCAAUCCUACAAGAUCUUUUCCCGCCCCAAACCAGUCCCAGCACCUGCCAAUCCACAGGCUCCCCAUUCUUUCCGCCCACCUACUCGUCCCCUUUGGCCCCACUGGUUCCUCCCGCAACUCUCCUGGUCCCAUAUCCUGUUGUGAUCCCGUUGCCGGUUCCUUUGCCGAUCCCGCUACCCAUCCCCAUUCCUCAGACGGAAGACUCCAAGAGCAACCUGCCAAAAGCCAUCUGCAUGGAAACCAAAAGCACUCAGACUCCCAGAGAGCUAGACUCGGUGCAGAGUAGCUCAUCGCCGCAAGUCCUGGACCUGUCCAUGCGAGGACCGUGGCCCGUCGAACCCAAACAAGAAUACCUCAGUCCACAGCAUCAAGACAGCGUGCUGGACUUGUCUGUGCCUAACACCCAGAGACACCACGCCCUGUCCCAUGGUCCCAAGCGCUCUAUGGAGCGUAGCGCCAAUCUUGACUCCAAAAUCCUGGGUAGUCUGGCAUCUCUGGACUUCAGUCGUCAGCACAAGUGGAUGUUGGAUGGCGGCGCUGGUGGGUCUGCCUCCCUGGGGCCGGUGUCGUCCAAUCUGGAAAUCGUCAGCAACCCGCAGACGACCAAGGUUAUUGUCUCAGUUAAGGACUCCAUCCCGGCCAUCUUGUGUGGGAAGAUCAAGGGCCUCAAAGGGGUGUCCACCAAGAACUUCUCCAUCAAACGAGACGGGAUCCAGGGGAUGCCAGCCCAGCUUUUUGAGCUGCCAACGCCCCUUCCACCCCAGACCUCCCAGCAUGGUCCCGACACAUCCCUGAAGAGGGUCGCUGGUAAAAACCAUGCCAUCAAGCUGAAGAAAGUGAGCUCGCAGGGGAUCCACUUCCUGCCCAUCAAGAAGCAGAGACUGGCGACGCUUUUACCCAGGAAGUAAGUGGCAACCCCGCCAGCAGUGCAACAAACACUGGAACACACUGGUUAGACCGAGGACAGGGAACUCCGGUCCCAAACGUUCUCCUACUGCAACACACUUGACUGAAAUGAUCACGAUGUGUUUUGAGGCUUUUACGGAGCUUGCUGAUGGGUGUGUUGGAAGAGAGAAACGUAAGAAGCUAGACUGCGCCGCUCUUGGCCCGGAGUUGCCUAACCCCAAGUCAGACCUAGGCAGGGUUUGCUCAAGAGCACACUCAAGGGCUUUUUCCUUCUUCACGUCCAAGUUAACGGCACUACAGGUCCACGGGAUGUGUUUCAAUAUUUCCUAACCUUUAUUGAGCCAAGGCACUCGUGAAAUUUUCCUGUCACCAAAUGCUUGGGAAAUCACUGAUCUGUUUGACGUGCUUGAGGUCAAAUAGGUCGUUUGCGCCUUUAGAUUUGGGAAAGCCCAGUUGGCAAGAGCUGUUAGCAUAUGGCAGCUCCAUUUGGGGGGUGUUUUUAUUUUAUUUUUUUGAUUAUUAUUAUAAUCCCAACCAAUACACAAGUUGAAUCUUUUGUAGCUUGACUGCUGGAAAUGCAAAUUUGUAUCAUUACAAGUAAAAAAAGUGUUUAACUUUGAGCACAUUUUUGUGUAUUUGAGGCCAUUUUUUAUUUAUUUUUUUUAAUUACACAGCGUUUAAACAGUCCGCGUACAUAAGUGUGAUGAGAUUAGAGUUAGGCUUAGCAGUGAUGCUAACUUGGCUGUUAGUUUGUUUUCCUUCCCGAGUACACUUUGUGGUGGUAGUUUAGUGAACAAGAAGAAAAAGGUGACAGGGUUUUGUGCCUGUUGAAUUGUGAUUGUUUGUGAUGAACAAAUGAAAGCCUUACGCGCUAGAUCUAUAUUUAUUAUUAUUUAUCAUGUACAUUUUUUCUGUUGGAUCUGAUCAACUUUGUUAAUUUAUUCUUUGUAAAAUAAUAUUAACAAUAACCCAUGUGAGGAUGAAUGAAUAUUUAUACAGCUUGAAAAUGAAACAGAUCUUAUGGGUCACUCACUUUGGUGACCCCUAAAGCUAAGUCACGACAACAUUUUGAUGAUUAAGCAUUAUUGGGGUCAUAAUUUUUAAUAAAUUUCUUUCCACCAAA